AUGUUACGAAUUUUACUGAUUUUGGCUGUAGGAGGAACCAGUAUCCGGGCCGCACGGUACAAAUUGGAGUUUGAGGAUCCGAACAUCUUCUCGCCGUGCAUUGACGGGCCUCCCGGUUCUAUUGGCAUUCCUGAUGCCUUCAACAUGGACAAUAUGGUGUUCGAUCUGGACGAGGAAGGCGUUCAUGUUUCGGGAAAUCUGACCACCAAAUGGAAUUUUCCGCGCACUGAUCGCAUAUCCUCCGAGGUCCAUAUAAUGUAUUUAAACAGAGGCACCUGGGAAUCGACCAUUUUUAACAUGCACACGCCGGAUUUUUGUGCUGCGAUUUUUAACGAGAAUCUUUACUGGUUUAAAUAUUGGUUUAAAAACAUUGAAAACCGCGAGGAGAUACAAGAAAAAUGCGUGGCAACGAAAGAUACCGUUUUAAAACUUUAUCCGUUUGUUUUGAAUUUGAUUCUGGAAAAUAUACGUAUCCCGGUUUCCCUUGGACGCUAUAAAACAGUGUUCACUCUUGAAGCAUUCGACGAAAGUGAAAAACGCCGCCCGACAUCUUUAUGCUUUGAAAUAAAAGGCCAGGCCGCGAAGAUGAAAGACUAAUAUUGAGUUACCUAAUGAUUUAAAUAUAUAUUCCAAUACAAUAUACAUUUUAAUUAAUCUAUGUGCAAUAUUCCAACUUUUUCCUACACUUCAAAUUUAUUGAAGCUAUCAAAGGCCCUUUUUACUGAUAUCUCU